UUUUCAGGUAUACGAAGCAAGUCUGGCCACAUACAGUAGGAUCCGACUUACUACCGUAUCGAGAAAAGAUGGUUGUCUUUUAUGGGGAAUAAGGGCAAUAAUUCCCUCUAGUUUGCAAGACCAGCUCUUAGAUGAACUCCAUGUGUCCCAUAUCAAAAUGGUCAAAAUGAAAGCAUUAGCUCGGCAAUACAUGUGGUGGCCGAAGAUUGAUGCUGCUAUAGAGCAACAAGCAAGGGCAUGUCAGGCGUGUCAAGCAACUGGAAAGUUACCUCCACGGGUAACCCCACGUCCAUGGAACUGGCCAAGCAAACCAUUCCAACGCAUUCACGUGGAUUUUGCAAGAACAUUCAUGGGUCACAUGUUUUUAUUGAUCAUUGAUGCGUAUUUGAAAUGGCUGGAGGUUGAAAGGACAAUUGAUGUGUUUCGAGAUGUGUUCGCUCGAUUUGGCAUACCGGAAAUGCUUGUUUCGAACAAUGGUCCACAGUUCGUUUCAGAAGAAAUGGCAAGACUCCUUCUAUCAAUGGGAGAAGAACACAUGCAUUCAGCACCCUAUUACCCACAGUCAAAUGAGGAGGCAGAGAGAUCGAUAUGA